UUUGCAUAACUCCGACUCGCUCUCCAGGUCUUCAGCACACACCUCUAACACACUGCUGAGAAGACCAGGAAAGCGUUUCAAGAAAAAAAAAGAGAAAAGAAAUCAGUGUAAAGGAAAAAGGAAAAGGGGGAGUGACGCGAUGCGCAUCAGGGAUCUGGAAGCUCGCGGGUUCACGAGUCCCGAACAGUGAGGCUCAAGACACUCGAAGUAUUCACACUGCUCCAGUUUUAUAAAGUAGAGUUGAUCAUGUCUUGCAAUCAUGUCUUUCGAAAAUGACUCGUACGCGCUCUUUAACGACACCGGCGGGUGCAACGGGACCGGGGAGCACCACCCGCCCGUGCGCCUCUCUCGCGCGCUGCCAUUGGGACUAGUGCUGGGCGCGCUCAUCGUCUUCGCAGCGGUCGGCAACGCGCUGGUCGUGGCGUCGGUGCUGCGCGACAGGCGCCUGCGCGCGCCCACACACUGGCUGAUCGCGAACCUGGCGGCGGCGGACCUGCUGCUGAGCGUCGCCGUGCUGCCGGUGUCGUCGGCGCAGGAGAUCCUCGAACGCUGGGCUUUCGGGAGCGUCUUCUGUGACGUGUGGGCAGCGCUGGACGUGCUGUGUUGCACGGCGUCCAUCCUGAGCCUGUGCGUCAUCUCCGUGGACCGGUACGUCGGCGUGAGCCGGCCGCUGGCCUACUCCAGCAUCGUGACGCGCCGCCGCGCCGCGCUCGCCGCGCUCUCGGUGUGGAUCGCCUCCGUGCUCAUCUCCGUGGGUCCUCUGCUAGGAUGGAAGCAGGCGCGCUCGCCGGACGUCACCGCCUGCGACAUCACCGAGGAGCCCUACUACGCGCUCUUCUCCUCGCUCGCUUCCUUCUACAUCCCGCUAGCCGUCAUCCUCGUCAUGUACUGCCGGGUCUACAUCGUGGCCAAACGGACUAGUCGGAGUUUGGAGCUGGGCGUCCGGAAGGAGAGAAUAAACUCCACGGAAGUCACGUUACGGAUCCAUCAGGGCUCCAGGUCGCGCGAGGACUCGGCACAGCAUCACAAGAGCGCGCUCACGGUCACUGUCCUGAAAUUCUCCCGGGAAAAAAAGGCGGCCAAAACGGUAGGAGUGCUGGUCGGAGCAUUCACCGCGUGCUGGCUGCCGUUCUUCAUCACCUUACCCAUCGUCUCCUUCAACACGGACCUACGUCCUCCAGAAUCCGUCUUCAAAUUCGUCUUCUGGCUCGGUUACUUCAACAGCUGCGUAAACCCCGUCAUCUACCCGUGUUACAGCCGCGAGUUCCGCCGGGCGUUCGCUCGAAUCCUGCGCUGCCGGAGGCGUCACUCGCCAUGGAGGACAUUUCCCCCUCACGGCGUCUCGUCCUGUCAGGCCAGGAAAGACUCCAGAGACUCCAUGGAGAACUUUGGCGCCUACAUGUACGGCAGCCUGAGGACGCUGUCCUUCUCCAGCCCAUGUCCCAGUCCCGGAUUUCACAGCAAGAGUCCGUUUCCGUCCCUGGAACACGGACACGCUCACCCGCGGAGCAGGAACAAUUCGGUUUUUGCCGAAAUCGUUACGGACCGGCCUCUGGAGCCAGUCAGGGAGGAUAUGCUGCAGGACAAUGGACAAAUCAAUCAUAUAAAGGCAGAGACGUUCUUUGACGGCGAGAUGAAAGACAAAUCAAAUGGAGAAAAACGUUGUUCUUAAACCUAGCGACUAAUAAACUCCAUGUUUAUUUAGUACUAGAUUAAAGAUUGGACUUGAGAUAAAAAUGUAUUAAAUGUUCCAUUUUCCCCAAGUGUUGUCAGUCAUCCAUGAUAUUUACUCUGUCUAGGGCUUACUUUUAACACAAGAGGCUAACACGGAAGCCGCCAGAUUAGCCACCUGUAACUACAUGCAUUGUGUUUCUUUAAUACGUUCUCUGAUUCAUUAGUAACACCACUAACGUGAUUGUUUCUUCACCAGUUCCCUCUGCAUGUAUUUUUCUUAUCAAACUCACCUGGCAGAUUUACGAAACAUCUCAGAUUUCCUUCUGACACUUGUACAAAUGUUGACCAAUACCCAUCAACAUGUACGCUGCAUUUACUCAGUCAUGCCACGCCCACAAAUCUCCUUAUAAGGCAAAGCCGGAUUUCUAUAAAAUAGCAACUAAACGUCUGAAUCAGGACACUGGAUAUGGAUUUGUUUUGGUUUUUUAUGCUAUUUUUAUAAAAACAUAACACAACUUUCACAAUUGGUGUGUAACUAAAUAAUUAAUUGAUUUAAACUCGAUAAAUUGUGUAUAAAAAAAAUCAGCACAGGUUUUCUGAUUCGAAUCCUGGAUCAUGUUUGUGAUUCUCCUUAUAAUGAAACUGACCCAAAAACAGAAGGAAUUUAUUAUUUUAAAUUAACAGGAUUUCAGAUUUUUAUUAAUGUUCUUCUCAGAACCUCUUCAAACCACCAAACUUCAUCACACAGUCCACCCAACGAGGUCCGGCUCACCUGACCGAGCCUUCACACUCAGACUGAUGCUCUCAGGAUUAAAAAAAACACUGAAGCUGACGA